AUGAGUUGGGGGAUGUGGGGCAUCAGAAUGGCUGUGGUGCUGCUGAGUUUGGGACAGGCUCCGCUCUGCACCUUCCAGGUUCAAAAUAAUAUCACCUCGAUGCCAGAUUUCAAUAUCUCUCAGGCUAAGGGGACCUGGAAUUUCAUUAGCUUGGCAACAAGUGAGAAACUGUCAGACCAGGACAAGGAAGAGGUCAAAAUGUCUUUGGCAGUAUUUUCACCUUUUGCCAAUGGGAGUGUGAACCUUCAGACUACCUUCGCUUUGUCAGAAGGUAACUGUACAGAAGUAAAUACUUUAUAUACAAAACAAGGAAACUCUGAACAAUAUCAAAGUGAUGAUGGAAACCCUUGCUUCUUCCAAGUGAUAGAUACUGACUAUAAAAACUAUGGCAUUAUUUACAUAGGAAACAGAGAAAACAAGGAAGACUUUGAAGUUAAACUCUAUGGCAGGAAUAAAGUAGUAUCUGAUAAAGGCUUGAAGAAAUUCCAAGAAGUCAUAAAAUCCCUUGGAAUUCCAGGGGAGAAUGUGAUUACGCUAUCUGGAUCAACUUUGGUCAUGGGCCACUUUUUCCACCCUUGGAAUUGCCCUUGUCACUGGCAAACCAAGCUCUUUGUCAAGUUUGCAGGAAGAGACAGUUAA